AUGGAUCUCUCGAACACUGUGCAAGAUGCGCUCAUGCUCAGGCGCAUCCCAACGGAGGGGGGGGACUCCUCGUCGUUGACGCCUCUGGUUAUCGCUGGAGUUCCUGAUUGGCUUGAAGACACGUCCUUUUCAUACAAUUUAGAAAGAUGUGUUCAAGAGGACCUACAACUUUUUGGUUUGCUUCACAACUCUGUGGCGGCCUUUCUGUGGCCAAGUGAUGCAUGCCACAAGAGACGGCGGUUGCUGAACCGUGGGGUUUCCACAACUUCUCUCCGGUACUCCAGCCGCCAGCCGCAUUUAAUGUGUGAAGAGUCAGGCAUCAGGGUCAGCAUCCGCCUGAUGUCCGACAGGCCCUGGCCAAUUGUAAAGUCCAUCGCGGUCGAGUGCCACAUUGAAGAUACAAAAAGACCUUUUCGAGGAGGCUCGCUCUCGAGCGUGGAUGAUCCGGACUGGGCCAACGACCUCUGGACCGCGCGCCAUUAUUGGGAGAAGCAGCUGCUGUCGGGCUUGGCCCAACACGAGGGUGUUCGGGGUGUCUCCGCCAGGAGGACGUACUCGGCAGAAACGGCAACAACGCUGGCAGGCCGUGAGGAGAGCAUCUGGCAAAAGCACGGGCCCCAGGCCUUGGCGACUCUCCUGUCGGAGCUGAUCUUGAAUUGUGCCAUGCACGAUGCCGCGGUGCACCUCGAGGCCACGAUGCUGGAUACGAUGCGGAGUCUUCCCUUCUGGCCCGAGGGUCCCUUGGACGUGGAGGAGCAUUUUCCACCCCUCCAGCUCGCAGACUCUUAUUGCGACGAGGACAAGCAAUGGAGCCCGGAGCUCUUCUUGCGCUUGGCGUCAGUGGUCUGGACCGCAGCCUCGCACGGCGUCCAGGCCUUGAACCAUGCUUUGGAAGCUUUGCAGCAGUGUUCGGUCCCCUUGGACCGCCUGGCGCUCAACACGCCUGUGAUCUACCGCUCUGCGGGCCGGAGCAGGACUUUGGCCGGACCACUGCUCAUGUUCGUCGUGGACCAGAUGACCCGGCACGAGUCGGCGAGGGAGAUCGUCCAGGCUGUUGUGGCUGCAAGCGCAGACGUGAACUCGAGCUACGUCCUCUUCCCCACUGGGAAGCACAAGGCUGUUGGGCGCUUCCCAGUGCUUUGCUUAGCCGGAAACCGCCAGGCCUUGGACUUUGCAGAAGCCUUGCUGGAGCGGAAAGCCGAUGCCAACCGGGAGAUCAUACUCAACAACUUCUCGCACGGAGGCAAUGCUCUCUGGAGCGCUGUUUGGGGAAGCAACUAUGCCAUGAUUCGGCUCCUCCUGGCAUUCGGGGAUUCGAGCGUCAACAUCCAUGCCUGGCACCCAGAUGCACCGCCUUUGUCGCGGCAACCUCGGCAAGUGCAGCUGCUCUCCUUGGCCACCACGGCCCUGGACUCUGAGCACGUGCAUCUGCUGCUCGAGUGCAAGGCCGACUUCCAGGAGGAGCUUUCGUCCACCUUCGCUUUGUGCCACGCGGAUGUGAGUAAGCUGCUGGCAAGCCACGUGGCAACCCGCCAUCCGGAGGCCUUGGUGCAGCGGUGUGAUGAGCUGGAGGGCAGCUGUGGCGUUUGGAUCGAUUGGGCGUUCCAGGAGAUCGCCCGCGACGCCGCGGCCAGGAAGCGCUUCCGGAAGGCCUUGGACAGGGCUUCCGCGCUGAGGGAGGCACACGACUCCCUGAUCCGCUUCACCUGUGACCUAAUCCAGCGCCUUCCGAGCGCCGCUUCCGAGCUUCUGGAUCGGAUCUGCCUGCAGACACCACAGGUGCAGGAGCCCGCACGGCAUCCAUUGAGAACUCGCUGUCUCUUCCAGGCGAGCAAUUUCCGCACCGCAUACAUCACGGAGACCAAGUGGAAGCCUGAUGGCACCAGGUUCCAGGAUAUCCUGGCGCCCCCAUCGCUCGAGGAACGGGGGCGGCGCUGCUGGGUGGAGUCCAUGGACUUCUGCGACGUGCUGGUGGUGAACUUCCCCGGGAUCAUGGACGUCCGCGUGCUGCGCGCACUACGUUCGCUUCCAAGAAGGACGCUGAUUCCGCUGCUCCAGGAAAGCGUUGUGUUCCAGGGCUUGAUCGAGUACAUCUGGACACAGCGUGUGCGCUUCUACCACUAUGUCAAGUCUGCGCACACAGUCGUGCAGCUGUGUGUUCUGUUGCUUUGGUGGCAGACGCAGAGCACGGAUGUAGCAGCAUUCUGCUGGGGCCUCUUCACUGGAGUCCUUGGCGUCCAGGUCUCGGGUCUCAUGCUCGUCCUACUUCGAUUGGAGGUUCCGUACAUGUUGGGCGUGUUCCAAGCAGGCUAUGCGAUACGCCUGGUGUCUGCUAGUUGGGGUGCCUGGGACGACCUGCCACGGACAGAGUACAAGUCACCCCUUGCGGUCAAUGUUGCGGUCUGCAUGCUUGCGAUCGUGUACGACUGCCGGGUUCUCAAGCCCUUCGGCCUUCCCGUCGGCCAAAGCCUGCUGCCCAUCCUCAAUGCCGCUGGCAACGUGGAGUUUGCAGCAAUGUCCACGGUCAUUUCCGUGGCGCUCUUGGCCACGUUCUUGUACGUCUGCAUCGAGUUUGAGGAAGAAGUUGGGUUUCCUUCGAAUGCCUUCCAGACCUGGCAAACGCUGAUUGUUGGAGAGCCAACCCUGGUGGAUGCCAGAGACUAUCAGAAAGAUGCUGUCCGAUACCUGUCAGUGUCAGCUUGCUUCCUUGUGUCCAACACCGUCUUGAUGAACAUCUUCAUCAACGUGACCGGCGCCUCGUAUCUGCAGGAGCGAGCCGGUGUUGUGGGCACAUUCGCAGCUGAGAGGCUGCGGAUUUGUGUAGCGUCCACGUCGGUCGACAGCUGCGCCCGAGGAAGUGUCUGUGCGCUCUUUCUUGUGCUUUGGUCUGUAUGGCUUGCAGUUGUCCUCUUCACCUCAAAGCCCUCGACGAUCUUCCCGGUCGUCACAGCUUUGGUCACUUGGGUCAUUUCCUACGGCUGCCAUGGGUGUGUGGCAAAGGCGUCCGUCUUGGAGCUGGACUCUGAAGCCUCGACAGAGCUCCGGUACCUCUGGAUCUGCAGAAGGGCCACCCGACCGGCCAACGAGUCCUCCCAGAGCCGGAGACCGGUGAGUGCCUUGGAGCAGGUCCGGGCACUGCAGGCGCGGCUCGGGAUGCGCGAGGCUUCCGAGUCCCUCUUCGAGCUGUGA